AUGAAAUUGGAAGCAACCACUAAAGAAGAAUGUGAGGAGACAGUAAAUGAAGAAGAGGACCUCACGGAAGACGAGUUCAUACGGAAAUGGGUCCAAGAGGGGACACAUCUUGCCUCUGGCAGUCAUGGGGCGGUUAUCCUGCACGCAGAUGGCAAGCGUAUCCUGAAAGUUCCCAAAGCUAUGUCCGACCCGGAACGUUAUUCGGAGAACCGCGCCAGUGCCCAUAUCAUGUACAUGAAACAUGAAGUGGAAAUGUACAAAUUUAUUGAAGGCCUGCCUGGUGUCCUCCCAGUUUUGAACAGUGAGAAGCGCACCAAAUGUAUUGAGAUGCCAUACAUGCGACAAGGGACCAUCGCCGCAUAUCUUAAGCGGGUAGGAAAGGCCACGAAGAAACAAGUCUCCCAGUGGAUUGUUGCCAUUGGCGAGACGCUCAUCCGGCUUCAUGAGAAGGGGGUGGCAUUCAAUGAUCUUCAUACCGGCAACAUCCUCCUUGACGAUGAUCUUGUUCCUUAUAUCUGUGAUCUUGGAUUGGCCGAAUUUCUUGGUUCCGAGGAGUCGCCAGGAGACGUCGAAAGAACCGAAGUCGCCGAUUUAGUCGAGAUCACAUACAAACUUGUCACCGGGGCUCAUGAGCGAAUGGAGAUUUACGAAGACGAGAGCCUCGAAAGCAUAUUCCUCGGUCCGGUGCUUCUGGAGGCUAUUGAUGGUUAUCAUGCUACAAUGGAAUCCUUCAUCGCAGCUGUCAAAGUUUGGCUUGAAGAGAACCCAGAUGCCCAGAACGCCUAA